GAGGCAGAUGAGGAGAAAGAUUAUGACUGCGGCGAAGAAGACGAGGAGGAAGAUCAAACUCUAUCGCUGUCCAAAGAUUUCCAUUGCUCAGCUGAAUGAUUUCGAAACCAUGGAGGCACACACUGUGGAAGAGGAUCCAGAAGAGUACUUUUGUGGACACUAUAAGACCACAUCUUCCAUUGCUAAAGCCAAAAUUAGAGUGAAGCUCCAAGUGCAAGAUGAUACUAGAGAAGCUGAUUUUGCCACUUUAGAUCAUGAAGCAACUACUAAGAUUCUUGAGCAUGGGAGCCUUGGAGAAUCAACCUCUUGCGGGUUGAAAAGAAAGCAUGCUGAUGCCGCUGACCCUGUGGAGGAAUACUAUUGCUGUAGAUUUUGUGACCUUAAGAGCCACAACUUGCAGCUUCUACUUAGUAUUCUAUUUUCAUUUAGUUUAAGCUUGAGACUCUGUUUCUAGGUUGUUUCCUUAUAUAUUGUAUUUUUUCUUUAGUG